AUGUCUCUCGCACGCCCCAAUCCCCGCUUUCUCGCCCGUACAAAUCGCAUCUUCGCGUCGCAAACACGAAGCUAUGCAGCACCUGGCGACGGUGCAAUUCCCGCCGCAAAGAAGAAGUACAUACCAACAUCUGGCACCUAUCCGCUGGGGUUCAAGGCUGGAAGCGCCCAUGUUGGCGUGAAAGCUUCAAACACCCGACUCGACGACCUUGCUCUCAUUGCAUCCGAUUCACCAUGCACCGGUGCAGCAGUAUUCACAACAAACAAAUUUCAGGCUGCACCCGUCACAGUGAGCCGAAAUUUGCUGAAGAGUAGGAAGGGUGAGGGCAUCAGGUCCGUCAUCAUCAACAGCGGCUGCGCCAAUGCCGUUACUGGGAAAGGCGGCAUUGAGGACGCGACAUUGAUGGGCAAGGAGACCGACAAGGCCUUCACCCAGGACAGCAACGGCGAGGACGAUGGCCAAAGCCGAAGUCUCGUUAUGAGCACUGGUGUCAUCGGCCAGCGACUACCUAUUCAGAAGAUCGUUUCUAAGAUCCCCACCGCAUACUACAACCUCGGAGACACACAUGAGCACUGGCUGGGCACCGCCAAAGCUAUCUGCACGACCGACACAUUCCCCAAACUGCUCUCGAAGUCCUUUACACUACCCAGUAGUCAUGAGGAGUACCACAUCGCCGGCAUGACCAAGGGAGCAGGAAUGAUCCACCCCAACAUGGCGACCCUUCUAGGCGUAAUCUGCACCGACGCACCCGUCGCCGCCGGCCCUCUGCAAACAGCACUUAGCUCCGCCAUCACCAAGUCCUUCAACAGCAUCUCGAUCGACGGCGACACAUCGACCAACGACACCGUCGCCAUCCUCGCCAACGGCGCUGCUGGCGGGAGGCCCAUCUCCAGCACCUCUUCUCCUGACUUCGACGCCUUCCAAAAGACACUCACCGACUUCGCCAUUGACCUCGCUAAGCUCGUUGUUCGCGACGGCGAGGGCGCGACAAAGUUUGUCACCAUCCGCGUCACUAACGCUGCGACCUACGAAGACGCACACCGCGUCGCCUCAACCAUCGCGCGUUCCCCUCUCGUCAAGACAGCUCUGUACGGAAAGGACGCGAAUUGGGGCCGUAUCCUGUGCGCCACUGGCUACGCCGAGAAUGUCGACGGCGUCAUUCCUGAGGAAACGAGUGUGAGCUUCAUUCCCUCGGAUGGGAGCGAGGAGCUGAAACUCCUGGUGAGCGGUGAGCCGGAGCAGGUUGAUGAGGAGCGCGCGGCGAAGAUUCUGGAGGCGGAGGAUUUGGAGAUCAAGGUCCAGUUGAGCGAAGGGAAGUACAGGGAGGAGGCAGUUUUUUGGACGUGCGAUUUUUCGCAUGACGUCGCCUAUGUCGCGUCAUCGUGUGCAUUCGAUGUUGCAUCCUCUCGAAAUCUACCAAAACCGCCUUCUACUCAACUUGACUCCGACUCGCGCGAGCCACGAGCGCUCAACAUGGCCAAUCUCACCUUUCCGUACCUGCGCGACGACUGGAGCCUCGACGUUGUGAAUAUCCUUGCCUUCUUGGGCGAACACAACAUCCUAGCAUGCAGUCAACAAAUAUGCAUGUCUCCACUAUGUUUCCUUCCCCGCCUGAUACCGGCACCACAGGGACUCCUUGCUCAGCGACCGAAGAAGCUCGAGUCUGAAGAUGACGUACGCGUGAUGGGUAUACAUUCGGGUAACGAACGAGAUUCGUUGUCUUAUUAUGCUCGAAUGAUUCACAGCGACGGAUCCGAGUUGCCGAGCUUUACGACACGCAUAAUCGAUAUCGGUUUUGACGACAAUAUAAGCAAGAAAGGAUUAAAGCGCCCACCCCCAAUUCGGCCGAGACUGUUUUCGCCUAUGAACUUGAUCGCCAUAUUCAGUUGUGCGAUAUCUUUCGGUCUUGCCGCGUGGGCAGUCGUACUUGGAGACGCUGUUGCGCUUACUGGUAUCUUGGUCAUGAGCUUCACAACGCCGCUGCUCUGUGUGGGAAUGCGGUGGACAACAAGUCUGCCUAGAUUUCAUUACCACGAUAGCGCGCCACCUAGUACGGUUGUCAUAAGAUAUCCAAAUGGAAGCUUCACGAUCGUCCGAUGCAAUGAAAGUAUCGCGCGCAUGCUGUAUUUCCAUCCGGAGUAUAUCGACUACACCGUAAGUUCUUUCACGGGACGCGGUCUGAGCGGUACUGUAGGUGGGCUCACCCUCGUGGGGUCAAUCGUUUUAUUCGGCAACGCAGUCUGGACAAUCAAAGCUGCGCUUGCUGUUACAUAUACAGUCUUGAAUCUGUUGUAUUGGAUCGCUGCGAUUCUGCCGACUCGCUUAUCAUGGCACGUCGAUUUCGACAUUACUCCACCUGAGAUCAUCCCCAAUCCGACCUUUACGAGGAGUCUUUGGACGGCUAUCUGGGUCACUAAAACUUCAGAUUGGGUGAAAGACGGUGUACCGAGGACUGCAGUAUGGAAUGAAUGGCUCAAGCAAGCGCAAAUGGCGGCUCGGACGUGCGCGAAACAUGACGAAUGGGAUGCACAAGGAGUUCUCAUAGACUUGUUAACGAAAGAGACCUGA